AUGGUAGAACUUGCACCUGAACAGAACCACACUGAAAAAUGGGCUCCUGAGAAAUCAGGACACUUAGGAUAUCACGGCACUGUGCAAAGGGAAGAGGUCAAGAUCCGCACUGUCUUGUUGAACAUGGCUCUUUCUUGUAUCUGGAGAUUUUGGGUGGCGCUAGUCUCCGUGUCCGGGAUUCUGACACUGGGCUGCGAACAGCUGGCAUUCCGCAAUAUUGAGACGCGAAACAAACUGACUUUAAUGGGCGGAAAACUCACCUUGCGCUGUCUGAAAGUGACAAGAAUACCCCGUGGCCCCUCCCUCAUUGAUCUAACGAAAAACUUUCAGGUGGAAGACAAACUCCUGCUUAUCCAUCAAGCACUGGAACAAAUCAACAAGACUUUCAUUGAGAACCUCAACACUGCUCCCUGGGACCCUGACCGGCUGGAAACCUUUCUCAUUCAACUGAGUGAGCAGCUGACAAAUGUGAAGGGAUGUGUGAGGGAACCUGUGGCAGCCUCUAGAAGCGAGGAGAUUCAGCAGUACUUCGGGAAGUUGAGGGAGCUGCUAGAACGGGAGAGGUUCAGUGACUGUGCCUGGGAAAUAGUCCGCUCUCGCACCAUGUACUACUUACAGCAGAUCCAAACCAUAACAGCACAAAUUCCGAGCAACACCACAGGGUGA